UUUCCAUUGAAUUAAUUGUUUGUACCAUUUUCAUAUUUCUAUAACAUAAGGGGUGGAAAAUACAAUUUCCAAAUGUUCUACAUCCGAAAAGCAUUCAAAGCAAGAACGGCUAUUUUCCCUCCAAAAGAGGAGAGGGGCAAUUGUAAAACCCUAGCUCUGAGAAACUCAAAACUCAACGAAAUUGCUCGCCAGUUUCCAUGGAUUCUAAGGAGGAAGCCAACGCCGACGGCCACCGCCACAAUAUGGCGACCGAAAACUCCGACACCAUAGCUCUGCAGAAGAAGCGGGCCCGCAGGGUGAGCUUUGCCGAGAUGACGUCGAUUCACUUCUUCGACCGCGACGAAGAGUCCAACGGGACUCCAUUGGCGCAGACUGCAAAACUCGGCGAAGAUUCUCCGGUCCAGUCAGGGCUCUUCAGGCAGCUGGAGCUUGACAAGGAGUUUGAAUGCUCUGAUGACGGAAAUGGCAUUGACGAAGAUGAAGAGAUGGAAAUGCAGAGGUCGUUUCUCCGGCCAAUUGGGUCGCCUUCUCCGGGCGGGAGCACUUUCGGCUCCGCCUCUUCUAAUGACGAAGAUAAUUUCUUCGGCCCUGUAUCAGCCAAUUUUAUAAGGCCCGGCCGAUUGUCUGACUCUGCAGCUUCUGAUGACAAUCAUGAUGUUACAAUGGAUUCAACAGCUUUCUCCAUGCAUUAUCGCAGUCUUGCUAGAUCAGAGUCCGGAUUAGAUCUAAAGACACCUACAGGAGGUCCACUCUUCUUUGAAGAUAAAACACUAACAAAUGCAAAUACCAUAGGCUCCACGAUUGUCGCGUUAGGUAAAAAUCAUAUUGCCAAAUCUUCUAUGCCUGUCACUGAAGUAAGUGGCAGUCACAACUCCAGUGAAAUGAGUAUUGUAGGGGAGAACUCUAACAAGUAUGACUACGAGAAACUAUCACCGGGAUUGGUUGCCCUCCUGGCUGAGAGCAGGGACGACUUCCUUAAUGCUAGUGUCAUUACUUCACCUUCGCCUACACGUAAGGAAAGUGAGGUUCUGCUUUCAGCUGAUCAACUGGAUAACCUUGUCGAUGUAAGUGACUCUGUAAGGAAGGGAACAGGUCUGAUUAAUUCCCACAAUUUGCUGAAUGGGGAAGAAUCUGCUGCUCACAGUGAAUUUGUGGAGGCAAAUGGUCCUCAUAGAACAUUAUCUAGUGGUCCUUCUCCUGAAAAAAAAUCAUCCAAUGCAUUGGUUGCUGUAAAUUCCAACAGAGAUAAUCACAAACCAAAUAGGUCCCCGUCGCAGCUGAGUAAAGUAAGAAUUGGUUCCAAAGCACUGCGUAUCUAAUAUUUCUUUGAAUUUAUGCUCCUUAUCUGUAUAAUCUGGCAUUUUGGAAAAAAAAUCAGUGCAUUAUUUGAUUUUAGUUUUUUGAAA